AUGUCAUACCUCGCCAGAGCAUCCGGCCCCCUGCGGAGUGCCGGAAGAGCUUUCGCUUCCAGAUCAAUUGCGGGUUUCCACACCUCAACAGCACGACUAGGUCUCAGCGAAGAUCAUGCUCAUAACGAAGGACGAGCCGAAAACAUCGACCGUCACAAGGAGGAUUCCCUCGAGAAAGCCAGGACCGGAAGGGGAGAAUGGAAGCCUGAGCUAGCAUCUCAAAGCGAACAGAUCACGCAUGCCGGCAAGAAUGAGAUGACAGUGGAAGAAAUGCAAAACUUGACCAAGCAGAAGGCCGAGAAGGACAAGUCCGGCGAGAACCCUGGAAAGUAA